GUAGUCUGUUGGGCAGGCAAAAGUGACAGCUGCAUAUGAUUAACAUGGAUCGACAAGACGUAAAAGCCAGAUACGCAGAAAAAAUUAAAAAAUUCUGUUUUGGUUACGACCCGUAUCAAUGGAUGCAGCAUGAAUAUUCAAAAAGUGCCUUACCAAAAAAUGUGACUUAUUACGACCUAGUGGAAUAUCUUGUAAAUCGCGAAAGUCCGUAUACCCGGAAAUGCUUUAAGGCCUUCAAGAGCUUGGACGCAUACAAAAAUUUCAAGGCGGGAUGGGUACAAUUUUUAGGUUCCAGAUACGUCGAUUCUGGUUUUUGUAUUGUGUUUGCUCAGGUGAAGCAUUCCCAAAAAUUUAACCUAAAGCCUACAUCUACCUGGGUGUCGGUAGAUCCCACAGGAACAGUUCAAACUGCACAUUGCAAUUGUAUGGCAGGAUUAGGUGAAGUGUGUUCUCAUGUAGGCUCUGUGCUUUUUGCUCUCGAGUGCUGGUCCCGUAAAGAAGUAAAUGAAAAUGAACCUUCGUGUACAGAUAUACUUAAUCGGUGGUUGGUUCCACCGAAAAAAGCGGUUAAUUGUGGCGAAAUUAAAGACAUAUUCAGCCAGAAAGAUCAACCAGUUUCCAGAUAUGAUUUCCAGAUACCCGAAUGCCCUGCGAAAGAGUUGAAUGUAUUUAUACGUAAAUUGAUCGAUAACGGAGAAAAUCCAUCAGUUGGCCAAUUUAUGGAAAAUACAAGAAAGCAUUCGAAUGUGAACUCGAGCCUUUGUGACAUUGAUCUUUAUCCGAAUAUGUUAAAAAUCCUUUUCUGCCAAUUUUUUGAUCCAAAUUUAAGAGGAAAGUCGCUCAACGAGCUUCGCGAAAUAGGGAAUAGUAAAUUGAGGAAUAUGCGUUAUACAAGACCCCUUGUUGCUCACUUCCAGGUGUCCGAAUUCCACAAGGCCGCGACAGUGAUUUGCGGCUUCCAAUACAAUCGUGAUUAG